CUAGAUGGAAACACCGGGCGUGUCCAUGUUCAGGGUGUGUGUUUCAGUCUGAGGAGUAAGAGAAAUCUAGGCGUCCCCCUUCUGUUUGCUGGAGACCGCGACGCAAGCCUUGUUGGUUUCUUCUCUCUUCGGGCCGCAGCAAUCUAAAAUCGGACAACAGUCAUCAUGGCAGACGAGCCCAACUACCGCAGAACAAAACCAGGUGUUAGGUCAACUCAGCAUACUACAAAUGGUGCUGCUGGACCCUCAUCACAGAUUCCGGGUUUGUCUUCAACUGCCAACAACACCGAACCUGAAGCGAGGACCAAAGGACGACGUGUAGGAGUUCAGGCCUCUGACUCCGAUUAUGUUAAACUGGCAAAACAAGGAGGACAAAGGGGUUUGCUGUGGCAUGAUGAUCCUGUGGAAGCAGAUCCAAACAAUUCCUACAAACCCUCUAACUGGUUUACGUCAGAUGAACAAGAUGGCAAAGCAACUACCCCUGACGGUGUCAUCAAGAGUCAGUCUCCAGGGGCGGAUCAUAAACUGGAGCCCCCAUUUGGAACUGAUAACUUUUCUUCCUGGGAGAGCGACAAGGUGGACAAUGCUGCAUCAGGGAUGCAGAAACUCUCUCUGAGCCAAAAAGAUAUUGAUGAUGCCAAUAAAUUCAAAAAGACGUCUCAUGACAAGAAGGGGGAAGCUCCAGUCAGCAUGUCGGCGCUGUUAGGCUUUGGUUAUGUUGAGGAGAAGAAAUUAGAUGAUGAUGCUUCAAGCAUUACCUCCGAGCAGACAAGCACCAUUGCUCCGGAAGAGGAAUUAGAAUAGAAGACGUUGUUCCCCAAACCCUUCUUCGUAAAUUGGUCUUCUCGCGUAUCCACUUGCUUAUUUGCAUCAACACUUCACACUGCUGUUUUCAUCAACAUUUUGCAUCUUUAAACAAUAUGUUUGUGUCAUGCUCACAUUGCUACGGUGCUUGCGAUCUGAUAAACUAUAACCCUAAAAUGAAGAAAUAUUCUGUCCCUGCUUUCAAAGUACAGGGUAGGGGCACCACAAACUAAAUUGAUGCCAAGAUGGAGCUGAUUUUUAUGAAUUUCAUAACAUGAAUUCUUUUCGCUCAUAGCGCACUAAUUUGCCAAAACUUUUGACAGUUGAUCCACUUUACACAAAUGGAUAGACUGGAGGUACCACGUUAAACCUCCUCUUCCCAUCUCACAUCGACAAUAUGACAAAAGUGUGUGUAAACUGCAACCCAUCGCAAAACUACACACUCCAUGGCUUUUUUCUGGUCUGAACACUUUUCAGUGCUCUUAUGCCCCUAAUCAGCUAGUUCUGAGCACAAGAAAGCCAAUUUACAUUCAAAGAUUACAUGAAACUAGGUGAUGCUCUCGGUACUGAUUUGAGAAAUAGAAAGGGGGUACAGGGAGUUUGCGAUUGUGAAUGUAUGUUUUGUUGUUGGUAUUGAUGUGACAGUAAAUAAUAAUCUCGGAUGAUGUUGUUUUAGUGUUAAUGCUGCAAAGUUAAUUUAGUAUUUUCUUCCUUCUUAAAAGAUGUUUACACUUGUUGUCAUUAACGUCUAUAAAUGAUACCUGAAUAAAAUUGCAUGUGCAUGAAACACUAAA